AUGGUGUCGCUAGCUACUGUAAUCUUCCUUCUUGGAGCAAUCUUCAUCCAUGAAGUAUGCGGAGGUCCAACAACAGAGCAGCUUUUUCGUCGGAAGUGGUACGAUCCUGACAGCAAUCUUACGGAUCCCACACUGAGGUUCAAACCUGGGUCUGAAUCUGUACGCAAACAUCAUGGAUUAAGAAAGCGUUCACUUUGGAGUAGAUUGUGGGAUCUUUUGAGUUCACUUGUUGGUGAACCUCUUACCGAUCAAGAACGUUCCGAAAAACGUAAGGAGUUGGAGAGAAGGCUGCAAAUGGAAAGAAGGCUGCACAACAUCAGCGAGUACGGUCAAGGACAUGGUCAUUUUGGUGAUGGCUUUUUUGCGGGCCAUCACCCCCACGAUUAUUAUUAUUACGAAUAUUAUAUGGAUCAAGGCCCCAAUCCUGAUCUGAGAUAA